AUGGCGCCUAUCCGCAUCUGCAUCAUCGGGCUCGCUGCCACAUCCAGCGCGGGUUACAAGACAGGCGAAUGGGGAAUCCAGCAUCUAAACUCUCUCAAAUCCUCUCCUCACUAUCAGAUUGUCGGUAUUUGCAAUUCUUCACUUGCGUCUGCCCAAAAGUCUAUCGAGUCGCACAAGCUUGGCUCCGAUGUCAAGGCUUACAGCUCUGUCGAUGAGGUUGCUAGUGAUCCUGACGUCGACAUGGUCUCCAUCGUUGUCGCCAUUGGCAAACAUUACCAACUGAUGAAGCCUCUGCUCCAGCACAAGAAGGACAUUCUGGUGGAGUUUCCCAUCGCGCCGACAGUUGCUGAGGUUGAGGAAUUGGCUGCUCUGGCCAAGAGCGCUGGCGUCAAGGCUCUCAGCGGCUCACAAGGCCGUGCCCAUCCUGUCUUCCGGCAUAUGAAGGACUUGAUUAAGUCCGGUGCCAUCGGCGAUGUAGUGGUCUCUACCCUCAACGGCCACAACGCUCUUAUGGCUGCUCCCAUGUGGCCAGAGUCGCAGUCAAUUCUUCUGAAUAUUGACUCUGGUAUCAGCCGCUUGCAUCUGAUCGUCGGACACAUCUUGGACACUCAUCUGAGUAUCCUCGGUGACUUCAAGGACAUCCAGUCGACCUUCAAAACGCAAAACAACAAAACGAAGAUUGUUGACGACAAAGGCAACACUGUCCAAGAAAUUUAUGACAUCACAGCUCCAGAUACAAUGCUCUUUCAGGGAGUCUUGGAAAGCGGUGCCCUUGCCUCAGUGACGAUGCGCACCUCGACUGACACAGUCGACAACACUGGCUUCCGGUGGAUCAUUAGCGGGACCAAGGGAGAACUUGCAUUGACUAGUGAACCUGGCAUUUUCCACUGGGGUCCUACAGGCCUGAAACUGAAGUUGAGAGAAUUUGGGGGAGAAGCAAAGGAGAUUGAUUUCAACGCAGGAGAGGGGGAACUUUUGAAACAGGUGUCUUAUUCGGGACAAAAUGUAGCGAGGGUAUAUGAAGCGUUUGCCAAAGGUGAAGAAGAUGGAUACGCCACUCUUGAUGAUGCUUUAAAAGUUCAUAGGGCCUUGGAGAAAGCCAAAGUCCAUGCAGUCUGGGCAUAA